UCUACAGCUUGGGAAAGCAGAGUGGCUGCUCUUAUUCACGAAAUGGAAAAGUGUGAGUUUCCGCUUACAUCAAAGGAGAUUAAACAAUUAAUAUGUGCUUAUAUACAAAGGAACGGACUCAUAACUCGUUUCAAAGAUGAUUACCCUGGCAAAGAAUGGUUUCGGGGUUUUAAAAGGCGACACAGAUUAAGUGUCAAAAAACCACAGUCCGUAGAGGUUGCCAGGAAAAAAGCCUGCAAUCCUUUCACUGUUAACAAUUAUUUUGAUUUGUUGGAGCGCAUAACGAAGGAACUGGAACUAGAAGACAAACCCCAACAUAUAUAUAACUUAGAUGAGACCAGCUUCUGCAACGACCCCACCAAGACUAAAGUUGUUGGCCUGAAGGGGUACCCUUCUACUAGAACAACUGCGUCCCCUGGAAGGAAUAACACCACUGUACUGUUAGCUUCAAAUGCGCUCGGUAAAAAGAUCCCUCCCUUGAUAGUAUUUCAGGGGAAACAACUAGGGUCGAAUUGCUUUUUCGAAAACGAAAAUGUUAAUACAGCGUAUGUUGGAAGCCGUAAGGGGUGGAUGGAAACCAAAAUAUUCGAAAAUUAUAUCGCAAAGGUUUUCAUACCAGCAAUUGGACCGGAAAGGCCAGUCUUAUUAAUAUUUGAUGGCCAUUCAACACAUGUAGACUUGAGUGUUAUAGAACUUCUAAUGGCCAACCAGAUAACAGUUCUUAAACUGCCGGCUCACUCAUCCCAUAUUCUGCAACCAUUAGACUGCAGCACAAUGAAACCUAUGAAAGACAACUGGGACAGUGAAUUGGUAAAAUGGCAAAGACUCCAUGUGGGUGCAAAGCUUCCAAAACCAGAAUUUGCCAGGAUCAUAACUAAGAUAUGGAAUGAUUUGAACCCAGUUAUCAUUCAAAAUGGCUUUAGAAAAUCUGGUAUAUAUCCGUUGAAUCGUGAUACAAUUCCAAAAGAAAAGUUUGACAAGCUUUCAUGGUCAAAAUGGGAAGAACAUAUUCGCCAACAAAAUGAACAGUCUCAUAGCGUUGCCAAUAAUAAUGCUGAAGAAGGAAGGAAGGUAGAAAAUGGCACUCAGGAAGAUAAAAGUCAGGACAGAAAUGAAGUUCCAACACUCACGAGUAUGUGCACGAGCAUGUGGCUUGAGAUCCUUAAUCGUGGGAAGAAAGAAAUAGAUCUACCCAAACGCGUGAAAGACCCUAAAACGUUUUUAAUUUCACUUUCUAAAAAUACCAAUUCCAAUAUUACCAACAGUGGCUCUGGUAACGUCAAAAUAUUGAGCAAUAUCGAACUCACUUCAACUAGCUAUCAAAAACAGAAAGAUGAACAUGUUUCAUUUGAAGAACUUCUUUUGGAGACCAUUUCACGUAGUGACAUACCUAAAACUUCAAGAAAACGCGUUAGUCAAGAAGCAGAGAUAUUAACUUACAAAGAAGCUAUUGAUCGUAUGAAAAAAAAGAAAGAUGAAAAAGAAAAGGCGGAAGAAAUUAAAAGACUCAAUAAACUUAAAAGAGUAAACAACAAAAAGAAAAACGAGAAAAAGAAACAGAAAAAGUUGAUUGACAAAAAAAGCAAAUCUAAAAAAAGAAAGAAUUUGGAAUCGGACAGUGAAAGCGAUUGUUCAUACACACCGAUGGAUGAUUCUGAUGAUGAAGAUUUAGCUGCCUUUGCUCAAAGAUUGUUGUGUGAUGAGAGCUUUGACGAAGAUUUGCAAGAGCCAUUACUAUCAACUACUAACGAAAAUUUAGAGAAGAAACCUAAACUAAAAAGCGAAAGAGUAAAUAAAAGACGAAAACAAAUAUCCGGAGAAAAGGAUGUCAAUAUAAACAAGGAAGUGAAUUUUACCAAAAAACUAUCUACUUUGGAAGAUGCUUGUGAAGAAGAAUUGCAAGAACCGCUACAAUCUACAUCGAAAGAAGAAGAGAAAGAUACACGUAAAAUGAAAAAAGAAAGAGUGAACAAAAGAACUAAUAACAAUAGGAUGGUGGAAUCAUUAAGAGGGAAGGAAAAGGAAGUGAAUUUUACCAAAAAACGAUCUACUUUGAACGACGCUUGUGAAGUAGAGUUGCAAGAACCGCUACAAUCUACAUCGAAAGAAGAAGAGAAAGAUACACGUAAAAUGAAAAAAGAAAGAGUGAACAAAAGAACUAAUAACAAUAGGAUGGUGGAAUCAUUAAGAGGGAAGGAAAAAGAAGUGAAUUUUACCAAAAAACGAUCUACUUUGAACGACGCUUGUGAAGUAGAGUUGCAAGAACCGCUACAAUCUACAUCGAAAGAAGAAAAAGAUAUGCUUAAAAUGAAAGAAGAAAGAGUAACGAAAAGAUCUAUUAACAACAGGAUGGUGGAAUCACUAAGAGGGAAGGAAAACGAUAUGCCGAAUUCCUCCGAAGUAAAUAACGAUCUCAACGAGGGAGACUUUAUUCUUGCUGCAUUUCAGUCGAUCAAAGGCAAAAGAACCUACAAAUACGUUUGCCUUAUUGAUCAAAUCAACCAAGAAAAAAUUGUAGUAAAAGGACUCAAAUCUUAUAAAAAUAACAGAGAAUUUAGGUUAGUUGAAGAUGAUAUUUCAAUUAUAGAAAAAAAAGAUGUGAUCUCACGUUUACCAAAACCUGUGUUAAAUGAACAAAGAGACACUGUGAUAUUUCCUUAUAAGGUAGAGAUAUUUGAAUGUAAGUAAACAAGU